CUUCUCGCCAGUGGUUCUGUGGAUGAAGGCGAAUGGGAGCUGGCAGAGAGCGGUCGGCACAUUCAUUUGACCAGGAUUUAUGUUCAUCUAGGCAGCAAUAUACGGGUCACGCGAAUGACAUUUAAAGCAAACCCUGGACUGGGUUACGAUGAGCUCAGCGUGUAUCCUAAUAUGAUUUAAUUUUUUUUGUUUCGCAGUGUUGUAUUAUUAGUGUAGUAAUCUAAGACUAGGACGUUAUUUGCAUCAAGUCCCAUCGCAGAAUAAACAUGGACGAAGAUAACCGAGUGCCUGAAGAUCUCUCGCAUGAAGAGAGAGAUGAACUUUCCAACAUUAGACGGAGAAAAAAAGAGCUGCUAGAUGACAUUGAGCGAUUAAAGUAUGAAAUCUCAGAAGUCAUGGCAGAGAUUGAACAUUUAACGUGUGUCAGAGAGACCAAAAGCACUCAGAGGAACAAGCAGAUUGCUGUCGGAAGAAAGAAAUUUAAUAUGGAUCCUAAAAAGGGAAUCCAAUUUCUUUUGGAGAAUGAUCUUCUGCAGCACACACCUGAGGACAUCGCACAGUUCCUCUAUAAAGGCGAAGGCUUAAACAAAACUGUCAUAGGAGAUUAUUUAGGGGAACGAGAUGACUUCAACAUUAAAGUUUUGCAGGCGUUUGUGGAGCUUCAUGAGUUUGCUGAUCUCAACCUGGUGCAAGCAUUGAGGCAGUUUUUGUGGAGCUUUAGACUUCCUGGUGAAGCACAGAAAAUUGACAGAAUGAUGGAGGCCUUUGCCGCUCGAUAUUGCCAGUGUAACCCCGGUGUCUUUCAGUCCACAGACACAUGCUAUGUUCUCUCGUUCUCCGUCAUAAUGCUCAACACCAGCUUGCAUAACCCUAAUGUCAGAGACAAGCCCACGGUGGAAAGGUUCAUAUCCAUGAAUCGGGGCAUCAACGAAGGAGGAGAUCUGCCCGAGGAGCUGCUCAGAAAUUUAUAUGAAAGCAUCAAGAAUGAGCCUUUCAAAAUUCCUGAAGACGACGGGAACGAUCUAACCCACACGUUCUUUAAUCCGGACAGAGAGGGAUGGCUGCUAAAACUAGGGGGGAGAGUAAAGACCUGGAAGAGGAGGUGGUUCAUUUUGACAGAUAACUGUCUGUAUUACUUUGAAUAUACAACAGACAAAGAGCCUCGGGGGAUCAUUCCACUGGAGAAUCUUAGUAUAAGGGAGGUGGAGGAACCAAGAAAACCAAAUUGCUUUGAGCUCUACAACCCCAGUCAUAAGGGGCAAGUAAUUAAGGCAUGCAAGACAGAGGCUGAUGGGAAGGUGGUGGAGGGGAAUCACGUGGUUUACAGAAUAUCCGCACCCACGCCGGAGGAGAAAGAAGAGUGGAUCAAAUCCAUCAAGGCAAGCAUUAGCAGGGAUCCUUUCUACGACAUGUUGGCUACUAGGAAACGGCGAGUGGCUGCUAAAAAGUGAGCCGUAGACUUUCGGAGUUGGGGUUUAAUAAUCACUCUACAAGCGGAAAACUUCACACGGGAUCCUGAAGGUCGCAGGGGGUAAAAGACAGAGACGUGAGCUCUCUGAGGACAAAGAAGGACACGAUUUUAAAAAUGAUGGGGUCUGUAUAGGCCCUAAAUAUUUAUCUUCAAACAUAUUGUGUGGGGAGAACAAUGAUGAUGAUGAUAAUGCAAUUGUAUGCUGAAUGUAUGUUUGUCAGAAAUAACUGCGUUAAGAGUGAUGAACGAUUCGACUUCGAUAAGGUAUCCGCUUAUGUCAUGUGACGGACUAAUAUAGAGUAACCAGCGCCUCCUGGUGCUUACAACUGGAACUGCUACCGCACAUUUCCAGGGAUCCUUAUGGAGAUGUUCUCAAGCUAAAAGUCAAAAUUUAAGCUCUGGCAAUGUUUAGAUGUGGAUGCAAUGUAUGUAAAGUGUACCAAACUACUGGUGAUGUCAGUUCAGAAGUAGUCUAUGGAUACAGAAAAUUGAUUGAUAUGGCAGGGAUUCAUGCUGAAAACUUUUUAUUUAGUGCUAUGUAAUAUCAAAUAUUGUCUUAAUUGCAGUAGUUUUAAAUGAUUUUAUUUUCAUUUGCAUCACAUCAUUAUCAUCCAAAUCAGCAGGACUGGUUGCAUUAAUUGGACGAGAAAAUUAUUCAGAUUAUAUUUAUUAUGUUUCUAAUGUUCCUUAAUAGGCAUAGUAGUAUAUAUCAAUUCUGACAUUCUUUUAUUGCUAAUAUUAUUUGAUGUCUUUUUGAGAAUAAUCCAAACUCUAUAGUUUACAUCCUUAUGGAUUCACCUUUUGAUUUAAAAGUUUUUUUUAUAAGUAUUUUGUUGUAUUUAUGUAGUAAUGCCAAUGUAAACCUAUAUUGUUUGGUUUUCGCUAUGUCUGUAAAUAGCACACACACACACACACACACACACACACAAAUAAUAUCAGAAAAGCCAUAAUUAUUUUUUGUCAUUUGAACUAUUUUGGAAAGUCCAUUUAUCUAAAACUGAUGUAUAUGCAAUUUUUGUACACAGCUACUCAGCUGAGACCUUUUAAGUGAAGGCUGUAUGGCUCUGCAAAACGUGAACCUCAUUUAUUCACAUAGUUUAUUUGAAAGUGUAAAGGAAAUACUUAUAGAUACACUGCAAAAAGAUGAAUCAAAAUGAUUUCAAUUAAAUUAACCACGGUCCACUGUCACCACUGUCCAGUUCCACAUAGGACAGCAAUAAUAGUCAUAGUGAAAUAUAGAGAGUAUGAUUUAUGACACAUAAAUGCAACAAACAACGAGGCCCCCUUUUCUAAGUUUACCUGUUAAGACAGACAAUGCAACCAACCCCAUCUGAAAUUUGUAUAAUUUUAUGGAAAGGUUUUGAAAUUGUUUUAUUAUAACAGCUAAUAUGAGUAAAAUAUUGUCACUUGUAUUCUGCUUAACAUUUCUAUGGUAAAUAUGCAGCAUGCUCUGAAGAAUGUGUGUGUGUCAGUAAAUAGUAAUUCAGAUAUAUAAGAUGAAACAGGUUUGUCAUUACUGUCAAUGAAGCCAUUGGCCUUGAACUGAAAACUUCAUCAGCUGACCUAAUAAAACAUUUUUAUGUUGA